ACCAGUCACGGUCGGUAUCAAACACGACGCGACUCGCGGGGUGACGUGACGCGACGCUUGCGAUCGCGACGGCAGUCUCAAUAAACGACGGCGUGUCGUCUACGUGUUGUUUCAUUUCUGAGCUUGUGCAGUUACAAAUAUUUAUCCGAUAUAUUCAGUGUGUCGAAAGUGACAAGUUGUGUUGAUAUUAAUGGAUAAAUUGAUUCAAGCCCACCAGUAGCUUUAUUGAUUCAAUAUGUUUCAUACAUCAUAGUCUGUUAAUUGAAGAUAGUUUAGAAAAGUCAUCAAAAUGAAGCCGUGCGUGAACAAGAAUCUCAUAACGCUAAAAUGCGUGCUCUUCUGUUUUCUCUCAGGUAUCGGCUGUAUAUUUCCUUUUCUGCCGCCCCAUAUGCUGUCACUGGGUUUGGACAGAGGAGAAGCCCGCUUGAUAUCUGCUGUAGCACCAUGUAUCGCCCUACUCGGUCCAGCGUUAUUGGGACCACUUAUUGAUAAAUUGUCAGUGGGUCGCGGCUCAACUGGCGGUUCAGCGGGGCCGAGUGGUUCCGGAUCGUUGCUGCGCAUCGUCACCGCCAUAUGCUUCAUACUGAGCGCUUUAUUCUAUACCCUUCUCUUAACUGUGCCUAAUAGUCAUCGUCAUCCGGUGCGUCGACCGCAAGUAUUGUUCAUGUGUGACGAAGAGAGCGCUUACGUCAUGCAGGAGGUGUGCAAGGAGGACAUGCGAUGCAACCGCUGGUCCGGCGAGAGGACUGGCGUACUGGCAGUGGGCUCCUGUGAGUAUGGAUGCGCCGAUCCAAAUAUGACCUGGGUGAAAAAACCUUUCACAGCCGACAAUCCCGCCGGGACCACACUUAGUCCCAUGUACAACAGCGUCGCUAAUACUACUAUGUUAAUGGAAACAGGCAAUGAAGAUGAGUUGGACUAUGAAGAGUUUCCACCCCACUUAUGUUACAAUGGCAAGUGUAUGGUGUACAUGCAGCACGAGGCGCGUCUGAGGCUGCCCCUGUCUCUGAUCGCACCAGAACCACUCUCCGAUAAUGAUACUGCCGACUCUGAUUGGUGCACAUACAAAACCAGUGGUCCAUCAAAGUGCACUGUGCCACCUCAACGUCUUGAAGAUUUGGACAACAACUCCGAAGAUUGCACGCCAGCAGUGCGGUGCCAGGUACUCGAUCCGUACGACGAGCCGGAUGGUGUACUCGCCAAUGCGGAAUGUCGUCUUGUAGACGGUGAUCCUACAUACACUUUCUCCACUUAUUUUGUACUAAGAGUAUUAGCGGACAUAUGGCCAACAGCGGGACUGGCUUUACUGGGCGCCGCUUGUGUAAUCGCAACACGUGAGACGUCACUGGGUCGUGGGGACGUUGGACGUCAGCUUGCCUUCGGUACCCUUGGCCUCGCUAUCUUUCCGCCAUUGGCAGGCUUUGCCGCCGAAAGGAUGCCCGACACACCCUACGUUGUGCCAUUUACACUUCACGCUGUUUUUAUGCUGAUAGGAGCUCUCAUUCUGCUUGUUGACAAACACAUGCCGUUAUCGACACCUGAGUGGUGGUGGCACACGGCGACUGGUGCGCUCGCGCUGCCCAUGAAUGCCGUCCGCAGGUACGGCGCGGAAACCGCCGCUGUCUUCGCCGUGGUUGUACUCCUCGGCACGCUCUGGAGCGGGAUCGACUCUUAUCUGCCCUGGACUAUAAUGGAACUGAACAAAACGGCAUCGGAGUUGAAUACAACAACGUUGGAUAUGAACAGCACGGCGACACAAAUUGGGUUAACGUUGACUGCUGGCGCGUUACCGGCCGUGCCAGCUCUACUGUGGGCAGAGGCUCUUGUCGACUACAUCGGUCACUCCAACGUAUUCAUUACCGCCUUCACUUUCUACUGUUUGAGAUACACUGGACUAGCGUACAGCACGGACUAUUCGUGGGUGGUUGUUUGUGAGAUCCUAGAGGUGUUCACGCUGAGCCUCGUAUGGGUGACCGCAGUGUUGUACUUCAGACAUCUUGUACCUCGCAAGUACACUGUCACCGGACAAGCUUUGCCUGUCAUUGCACACUUCUGCAUUGGCCGGUGUAUCGGCGCGCUGGUGGGCGGUAUGGUAUCGGAGGCGCCGCCGCUGGAGUCGGUCCGCAGCGUGUACCGCGCGCUAGGCGUGGUGGCGCUGGUGGCAGCCGCCGUAUACCUUGCGCUCUACCAUCUACUUCUAGCACCGCGCUGCGCCGCGCGCCCUGUCGCACCACCCCACCAUUUGUUGCAAGGUUUAAACGCGAAUGGAGCAUCCAACGGCACCUAUUCUCCGAUGCGGGUCUACCACGAGGAACGUUCCAGGAAGGGGCAUUUUCGUUAUUAAAGUCUAUUGUUGUUUGUUAUUGUAUUAGAUAUGUUGCCACAAAUGGCAACAAAAAUAUAAGUACUCCCCUAGCAUAAUAAUUUAGUCUAUAGAUUUAAGAAUAAAAUGCAGAAUUGUGAUAUAAAUGUGCUUUUUCACUAAUGGCAGUCUGACUUCUGAUAUAAGUAUUUAUUUCUAUUUUUUCAUAAUCAAUUUCAAAUUGUAUUGUCUUAAUUGUUUGCAUUUGUAUAAUACAUAUACACAUUUUUAAUAAACGGAAUAUUUCACAUCCGAACGGUAUUUAUAUUUUCAACAAAAAU